AGCAUAAUCAUUUUCUAUCGCUUUCCUUCUCUCCUGCUUUUAAAAUCUUGGAUAAAUUGGUGCUUAUCUAUCAUAUAUAUAAUAUCAGCCAACAAACUUUUCUUUGAACUCGUCUUUUUCUGCUUAAAGAAACCAACAUUUACAGAAAAAACCAUUUCACCAUGAAUCCCGGAAGAUGCGUGGAUUAUCUCGCACAUGAAUGGACAUCCAAAGAUAUCAUACAGGCACAUCAUGAAACCCGCAAAAAGGUCACCAAGGCCAAGAUGAAGCUUGCCAUGGCCUCCGCCAGAGAAACCAAUCGGAUUCAGAAUCUGCGAGCAGAAGCCAGACGCUUGGAACGCUAUCAAAAUGCCGUGUGGCGACAAAUGACCAGGCGGUGUAUAUCACAUUUAGGCGGAACGAAUCCGAUGGUUGAUCCAUCAGAAAUUAACUGGCAAAAAGAAGCUGACAUCACGUGGCUGUAUGGGCCGCUUUAUACCACGUCGACUGAGGCGGACACAUCUGCAAAAACAAUGUCUGAGCACAACGGCGGACUUAAGUCGGCGUUACGACAACAUUUAAAUGGCGCGGUGUUUCCCGUUCCGCAUGGCAUGGCAGGUACUGUCACGACCAUAGGCGUGCGGUUCAAUCCGGAAGUGGUACAAUUCCAAUACCUACCGGAAAGUUUGGUGCAUGAGUCAAAUUCUACGUAUACAUCGGAUGACGAAGAUGCCAAUGAGUACGAAAUAGGAACGAAUAACAGAAAAAAGAGCGCAGAUGGGAAUCACAGUGAAGAUAUGUAUAUGGGCAUGGUGGAUUACCUUUUGUCAUGUUUUCGCUAUUGUGCAGUCUACGUCGCGUGCGAUGUCUGUCAAAGGCAACCAUUGUGGGCUCAGAAAACCAGCAACAUGGUAUCUGCGCAAUCCGACUGGAUGCCACGGAAUCGGCGCCCGGAUACGAAUCUAAAUUUGGUGACGCUCCUUAUCGCGAUUUUAAAAUCGAUGAUUUCUUGUAUCAUGUAUCAGAGCUUGUUGCCAGUAACGUGGAUUUUGGCGCACCCAUUCAAGAGAAAACAGAGUCGCUUGUCGAUUUCUCCAAAUCAAGCAUAACCUUAUACCUCGUUAUUUCAUAUCAUUAUUUCCCACCGUGUACAUAAGGAAAAACUAUUCUCCGCCGUCCAUUUCCUCCCUAGCAUUUUUUCAAAGGUCAUAUGAAAAUACAGAAAAAAAAAGAUCAUCCAAAAGAAGAUAGUGAUUACCAUAUAUGGAAGGAUAAGAUAGGAGCAUGUUGGGGAGUUUGCAAGUGAAUCCGGAUUAAAGAGCAG